CAAAAAAACAAAAAGCAUUCCGAGCGCUAAGAAAUAUAUAUCUUUCGACUUGACUUCAUUCGCAUUCCGGUUGACUGUGUCGCGCCUGCAGCAUGUCUGAAAAGCCGACUGUUCUGAUUUUGGGUGGCUGCGGCUUCAUUGGACGCAACUUGGCCACUUAUCUGCUGGACAAUGAACUGGCGCAGGAAAUACGACUGGCCGAUAAGACCCCUCCGCAGAUGGCAUGGCUGAACGAGGAGCAAACGCGGGUCUUCGAGAGCGAUCGUGUGGAGUUCUGCAGCGCCAACCUAAUAAACGCCGCCUCUUGCAAGGCGGCUUUUGCGCCACACCCCACCACCGGCCGGGCCUGGGACAUUGUCAUCAAUUGUGCGGCCGAGACGCGUGCCAACCAGGAUGAUGCCGUGUACAAGGAGGGUAUCCUCAAGCUCAGUUUGAACUGCGCCAAUGAGGCGGCUAACCAGCGGGUCAAACGGUACGUGGAACUCAGCUCCGGUUGCGUGAACAGCAGCGAGAAGACGCCGCUGAAAGAGGACUGCAAGACGGAUCCCUGGACGGGCGUGGCCAAGCAGAAGCUGAAGGUGGAGAAGGAACUGGCCAACAUCGACGAUCUCAGUUACACGGUCGUCCGUUUGCCCGUGGUCUAUGGCAUUGGCGAUAAGCGCUAUUUGAUGCCGCGCAUUAUAAUCGCUGCCAUAUACAAAUACCUGAACGAGACAAUGAAGCUGCUGUGGAACGAUGCCAUGCGUUUGAAUACGGUGCACGUAUCGGACGUGUGCGCUGCCGUUUGGCAAUUGGCUCAGAGUCCCAAGACCGCCGGUCAGAUCUACAACAUCUGCGAUGAUUCAGCAUCGACGCAGGGCACCAUUAGUAAUCUUUUAGUGGAUAUUUUCGACAUCAAUUUGGAUUUCUUCGGCCUUGUAAUGUCGAAUUUGGCAAAACUUUAUCCCACGGACACCGUCAGUGAAAUCAACGACAAGCACAUGGCACCCUGGGCCGAGAUUUGCCAGCGCAAUGGCAUCGACAACACCCCGCUGACACCGUACCUAGAUGAGGAGCAGCUCCAGCACAAGCACCUCUACUUGGAUAACACGAAACUGAAAGACUUUGGCUACGUGCUGCAGCAUCCGAAAGUGACUCGCGAGCUGCUCAUGGAGAUGAUUGACGACUAUGUGAAGCAGCAAUUGUUUCCGAAAUCGUUGGUUCUUUGACUCACUGCUCCUAUCAAAAGAUUGCACCACGUUGACACGCACUCGGACCCGGAGACAUAUAUUCCCUGUAGCUUGUAGCCCACUAGUUCUUUAAACGAUUAUCAAACCUCUUCCAAUUUGUAUACGGACACGGAUACUCUCACAUACACGCUGUGCUGUAUCUCCGUUUUUUAUCACAAAAGUGUACUUAUAGUAUUAUAGAACCCAUAUAUUUUUUAUACAUUCCAGUCGAUCCAGCGAUAUAUGCGUUUUUGCGUACGAGUAGUUUAUUAUUGAGACUAACAAUUGUAUUCCAUUGUGAUUAGCUAAGUGACCAACCGCAAUCGACAAUUAAAAUGCACUUGUUUAGAGUUUA